CGUCACGCGUGCCGGUGGCUACGCGGUGGAAAGUGCGGCCCGCACUCGGGUCGCGACGCCGGCGGUGCCAGGGUGCUCGCCCGAGGCGGAGCCGGAUCGUCCUCGAGCUGAGGUCGCUUGGCUUGGGGUAGGCUCGAGUUGUUGGCGCCCGUUUGUCAGCGCUGCGCGGGCCGACGCCUGGUGAGCGGCCACGGAGGCGGGACCGUGAUUCUGGAGUGAGCCCUACGCGAGCUCGCAGUUCAGACGUGCAGCGAGAUCUGCCGCUUAGCACUCGGGACAGUAAGGACAGCAGGAAAGUGUCCUGUGCUCUUGUGUACUCUUGGAGAGUUCAGAUUACUCAGCCUUAAAAAAAAAAAAAAAAAAAAAAAACCCAGAGGAAAAUGUCUAACCCUGGGUUCUCCAGUGCCUGAUAUAUCAAACCAGGUACACAUCCUACUUGCCCAAAGCAGCUGUUUCUCAAAUGGCAUGCAUAAACGGGAAAUUGGCUUUUCCCAAAUUUUGUCCGCUAAGCUAACCACAUUUGUCUAACAUAUCUCUGUCCAACACAUGUGCACGCGUGCAGGAUUGGCAAGCCAGUUCUGCCUUUGGAGACUUCCCAGGAAAUGCAGCCUACGACUGUGUAAACUGCAAACAAUUGCAUUGUGGGUGGAGAGUAGUCCCUGGCAUUCCUGAAGCUUUAAGUACUGGCAUGCCCAGAGAGACCAGAAAGGCUCCAGGUGACCCUUUCCUUACUUCCUUUCUUGACUCUGGAAAAACAGCUUCUGCAUUUUGAAGCAGAGACUCAUUUUCAGUGUCCCCGCUGUAAGUCUGGCCAGCUUCUCUUUGGGAUCACAAUGACCAUGGAAGACAGGGGGACAUUAGAUAUCAUCCCCAGGACUGCCAUGUAUCAGAAGCAGGAACCAGGAAGCCAGACCUGGGGGCAGAAGAACCACCCUCCCGUCUGUGAAAUAUUCCGACUGCACUUCAGGCAGUUGUGCUACCAUGAGAUGUCUGGGCCUCAGCAGGCCCUGAGCCGGCUCAGGGAACUCUGCCGUUGGUGGCUGAUGCCAGAGGUCCACACCAAGGAGCAGAUCCUGGAGGUCCUGGUGCUGGAGCAGUUCCUGAGUAUCUUGCCCAGGGAGCUUCAGACAUGGGUACAGCUCCAUCACCCUGAGACUGGCGAGGAGGCUGUUGCUGUGGUGGAGGAUUUCCAGAGACACCUUAGUGAGUCAGGGCAGGCUUCACCUCCAGUACAAGAACAGGAUGUGCAUUUAAAGAAGAUGGGAGCUCUUAGUGCAGCUGAGCAGUCACGCAUCUCAGCUUCUAAUCAGGGCUCGGCCCCUGAUGCCCUCUUGGAUCCUCCCUGUGCCCCAGGAGCAAGACACUUUGAUCCUGCUUUUCCCAAAGUGGGGAGCUCCAGAGCCCAGGCAGUGGCUAGUGUGCUCAGGAUGGUCAGGCCUCAGGAGACUGCAGUGAACAAGGACUGUAUGCAGGAAAAGUGGAGUGUCCUGUGUGAGACGGAGGUGGUAAGCGAUGAGCACGACCUGGCCUCUCUGGGUAAGAACAGGAUGGGAAGCUCUGAGUACAGUCCAAAGCAAGACAUUUCUAAAGGAUCACAUUCCCUUGACACAUCCUCAGGGAGACUCUUUGGAGUGGCACUGGUAGAAACAGAGUCUGCUGAUAUCUGUAAAGAUCCUUUAGCACAAAUGGAAGGGUAUUCCUCAGAUGAAGAAGGCAGCGGACUAGAAAGUUAUUUCUUGGUAAAGAAAGAUAAGAAAAAUUCCACAGACAGAAAUGAGGAAUGUAAAGAUGUAGGGGAACAUCCAGAUAUGUCCUCCAGUCCUGUUGAGGAUCAGGGAGAAGCAAAGAGGCAGAAGUCCUAUCAAUGUGAUGAAUGUGGCAAAAUUUUUCACCAGAGCUCACAACUCCUUGGACAUCAGAGAAUCCACACUGAAGAGAGACACUUUGAAUGUAAUGAGUGUGGGAAGACCUUCCAACAGACAUCUCAGCUAGUUGUUCACCUCAGAACACACACUCAGGAAAAACCUUAUGAAUGUUGUGAAUCUGGGGAGACUUAUUGUCACAGUUCCCGUCUUAUUCAACACCAGCGACUCCAUAAUGGGGAGAAACCUUAUAAAGGUAAUGAAUGUGUAAAAGCUUCCAUUCAGAAUUCCCAGCUCAUGGUCCACAGGAGAACCCACACUGAAGAGAAACAUAAUGAAUCUGGCGAGACAUUUAUUUGGAAUAAAACUCUUAUUCAACAUCAGGUCCUUCAAAUUAGUAAGAAGCCCUACGAGUGUAAUGAGUGUGGAAAAACCUUCUGUUCCAACAGAAAUCUUAUUGACCACCAGAGAACCCACACAGGAGAGAAGCCUUAUGAAUGUAUUGAGUGUGGCAAGGCCUUUAGUCGGAGUAAAUGUCUUACUCGACAUCAGAGUCUCCACACUGGGGAAAAACCAUACAAAUGUAGUGAAUGUGGGAAAGCCUUCAAUCAGAACUCUCAGCUCAUUGACCAUGAACGAAUUCAUACUGGUGAAAAGCCUUUUGAAUGUAGUGAAUGUGGUAAGAAAUUCAGUUUAAGUAAAUGCCUUAUUCGGCACCAGAGACUUCACACUGGAGAAAAGCCCUAUAAAUGCAGUGACUGUGGAAAAUCUUUCAAUCAAAACUCUCACCUCAUUAUACACCAGAGAAUUCACACUGGUGAGAAACCUUAUGGAUGUAAUGAGUGUGGGAAGGUCUUCAGUUACAGUUCUAGCCUUAUGGUUCAUCAGAGAACCCAUACUGGUGAAAAGCCCUAUAAAUGUAAGGAUUGCAUGAAAGCCUUUGGUGACAGUUCACAGCUUAUUGUGCACCAGAGAGUUCACACUGGUGAGAAGCCUUAUGAAUGUACUGAAUGUGGGAAAGCCUUUAGUCAGCGUUCCACCUUUAAUCACCAUCAGAGAACUCACAAUGUUGAGAAGUCCUCAAGUCUGCUUCAGACAGUAUCUUAAGGCACGGUUUCCUGAGACAGAUUAAAGAAUUCUGAGUUAGUUUGUUUAGAAGAAGGAAGUGGGGUAGCGAUGAUACAUACCUUUGAUCCCAGCACUGGAGAGGCAGCAGCAGGUGGAUCUCUGAGGAGGCUAGCCUGGUGGACUGAGGGAGUUCUGGGACAGCCAAGGGUACACACAGAAACCUUGUCUUGAAAAGCUCCCCCCCCCAAAGGAUAUUUAUCUUAUUAUUUUUCAAAUGAGUGCUUUCUAUUUGGUAUUCAGUCACAAAGGUGGGAUAAUAAGAACCAUAUAUUUUAUUUACUUCUAGCCUUUUCUUUUUUAAAACUAUUUUAAAACAUCUCAUUUUUAAAUUUUUCAUUCCACUUUAAUUUUUCAAGCAGAGAGGUAAUAUCUCCUCUACUUUAUUCUAACAUAUACAUUUCCCCAUUAAUUUAAAGACUUACUGUAAGACACUCAUCACUCUUACUUCUUGCCUAUAGCUCUCUGCAUUUACUUUGUCCCCUGAUACUUUUUAUGUGGAUGGAUAUUUUACCUACAUUUAUGGAUGAGUACUACUUAGGUGCCUUGUAUCUACAGAAGAGGUCAUCAGACUACAGCUGUCAGCCACCAUGUGAUGGUGGGGAUCAACCUGAGUCCUCGGGCAGAGCAGCCAGUGCUCUGAACCACUGAGCCAUCUCUCCAGCCUUCACUUUUGUUUUCUAAAUGUAGUCUAGUAUGCAGCUUAUCACUUAAGUCCCCUCCCCAGGGGAAAAAAUCCCUUUUACUUGUUAGUGUUUCUUCAUAACCUUGAAGAUCCAUCUAAUUUAAGAACUUUAAACUUUUUGUUUAUUUUUAAAUGGAGUGUAUUUGUAUAUGUCUGUAUCUGUGAGUGCACUGGUUCUAGAGGACAGGAGAGGACAUUGCAUCCCCUAGAGCUGACAUGGGUGCUGGGAAUUGAACUUGGGUCAGCUGCAAUAACAGUACAUAUUCUUAACCACUGAGCUAUCUCUCCAGCCCCAGGAUGUUUUUUCUUUACAUGCUUUUCUUUUAAACCUCUAUUGAUCUGAUUUCAGUGCUUUGAGUUAGUUGGUGCUAUAUGGUACAACUAUUAAAUUCCCUUGUAAGAAUUUAUACACUUUAACACCAGCAUGUAGGCUUAUGUGUAUAUAUAUUUUUCA